UCGGGUUUUAUUUCCUAAAUGACGCUGUUACAGUUUCUGUGCAUGAAGAGGGAUAUAUAACGUGUUCCUGGAGUAAGGCUCUGUCAGAAGUCGAAGACACGUCCAUCAUGUUGCCAGUCAUCAUCUGCGUAGUUCUUCUAACACCGGCUCUGACCGACUGCGCGCCUGACAACCUUGCACUACGUGCUGCUGCCUACAUCAAAUCACCAAUUCCACUCGGUUUCAUGGCAAGUUUCAGUUCUUCAUCUGUUCCUGAAGAUUCCUCCAGAUUUUUCGAUUCAGCGCCUCAACAGAGACGUUACGGUAGAAGUUUUGGCUCAGAACCUUUUCGUCGAGAUUACGCCACGAAUUUAUAUUCAGAGCCAGUUCCUGCAGGAUUUUCUGGAAGUUUCCAUUCGGCCCCUGCGAUUUUAAGAUACAUCUGGAGCUAUGGUCCAGUUCCCGAAGGAUCUGGUGAUUUUCCUGCAUACAAUUAUGGUGCAUCAGAUGGUAAAGCGUAUUAAUAUUACUAUGGAUAACUAAAUGCAAGAGACUGAGUAUUCUCAUAAGAACCAAUACGGAGACACGAGAGCUUAAUAAUCUGUCAGACGUUAUACAUUUUGAGGCGAAUGUGGUUACGAUAAAAAUUUCGUCUGGUAAACUGUGUAUGGCUAAUUUUAAAUAACUUGAAUUUGUAUAAAUUUAAUUUUCUUGUGCAGAAUGUAAAUAAAUCAUAUACCCACAUAA